AUGACAUAUCGUCGACUUCCUUCCAACACAUUUUCUUACUUCAUGGGUGCUGUCGGCAAUGUGAAAAUUCCAAAGCCUCUGCGAUCGCCUAUUUUUGGUACUUAUGUCCGACUGACGGGCUGCAAAAUGGAAGAAGCCCAACGAGACAAGGUCUCCGAGUACUCAACCCUCAAUGAGCUCUUCACUCGGCAGCUGCGUCCAGAGUGUCGAAAAGUUGACCAGCACUCAGUGCUGGUGCGUUUCCUACUACCCGUUCGCUUUUUAAGAUAA